CCUUACCAGAGGCUUCCUCUCCUCUGAGUGACUCCGCUCGAGGCUGUGAUCCAUGGAACCCAGUGAAGCGCCUGCUGUCCACAACUGCACUGCUGACUCUGCCUCAGAAGUUGAGACCAAAGCCAUCCAGGGCACAGAGCUUAUCCCCAGAAGAGCUGUUAGUCGCUCUCCAACUUGUGCUCGCUGCCGGAAUCAUGGCAUCACGGCCCAUCUCAAGGGCCAUAAGCGCCUCUGCCUCUUUCAGGCUUGCGAGUGCCACAAAUGUGUCCUCAUCCUGGAACGUCGGAGGAUCAUGGCUGCCCAGGUGGCUUUGCGCAGGCAGCAGGAGGCCCAGCUAAAGAGACACCUCGCUCAGGGACUGGUGAGAAGAGGGACAACCCCUCUCAAAGUCCCCAUCCACGUUAAGAAAGAAGCUACUCAGUCAGGAGUCCCCUCUGGAAAGGAGAACCUAGCACCCUUGCCUCAGAAUCUACUUGGGGCAAUCCCACUGGCACUUACACCCCCUGGGAAGGAGAACUCCUGUGGGCCUCUGCUGCUUAGCCGUCCCCCGGAAGCCUUGCCUUUGCCUUGGACUCCAGUGCCUCCCAGCCCUUGGGGCCAUGGACACUGGCUGCCUCCUGGCCUCUCCAUGCCACCCCCAGUGGUGUGUCGCUUCCUCUGCCAAGAACCUGCUGUCCCUCUGCAUCCCUUCUCUGGUUUUGACCCUGGUACCUCCCUCCGGCUGCCCACUCAUGGGUCCCUCCCAGCCUUCCCAGGAUCUCGCUCAGUACUGAGAGCUCCUCCUCCGGGAGAGCCCCAAGGGCCCCCUAGUCUGCCACACACAUGCUCAACUGUGAUAUUCCAGUCCUGUGGUGCUCCAGACUCACUUCUGCUACAGCCACAGGCUCCUGGAUCCUCUCGCCUGGCCUGGACAUCUCCCCCCUCAGAGUGGCAGCUGCAGCAGGAGGCAGCUGAGGCUCUUGUAGGUCUGAAAGACUCAUCUCAGGCUCCCCGACUGACCCCUUCUGUAUCCCCCAACCCCACCUGGAUCUCCCUACUUCACCCCUGUGCCCCAACAGCUCCCACUGGAGGAAGAGGAUUCCAGCCUGUUGGACCCUCUCUUCGAUCCAGCCCAGCUCCCUCUGUCUCUCUGCAUAUUGGGCGUCUGGGGUCCAUCUCCCUCCUGAGCUAGAAUCCAGAAGUGGAGGAUGCCUCAAUGGGGUAGGGAGGUGAAAACCUAUGGGCAAUACAUACCUGGUGUUUUACUUAGGGAUUUUGAACGGAAUUUAAAGUAAUACAAGCUUCAAUAUUUUUUUAAACAUUUAAGCACUUCAAUUAGCUUUCAGUUCCUUUUGUAGUAUGGGCAUUUCCUUGACCAAAAGUGUAUAUUCUAAUACCCCUCCUUGGGCCUAUUUAAAUCCCCAAGAAAGAGAAAGUUGUACAAUUUAAACUGA